UGCUGAGUGCGGCUGGGUCGACUACAUCACAGGAACUCUCGGUGCAGCCAGAAAGUGGCGAGGAAAUAACUACCUGCUCUGCCGCCUCACGUCUUACGAAGGCGGAGACCUACUCAGCUUUAGCUGGGUGCGCCUUGAUGCCAACUCGACUCGGCACAUCCUAACAGCCGUCACUAGAGAGAAUUUCCAUCGGGUACCUCUCGGUCAACACUUCCGCGUUGGAGAUCAGGUGAUUUGCGAGGUCCGUCCGGCGCUGGCCGUCGGACAUCCCCCUCCCCGUCCCCUGCGCUCUCCCCCCACCCGCCUGGGGGUGACCUGGAGCAGUCGGCAGACGCGGGACGGCCGGACCGACCUCACCCUGUCCGUCUCGGCGCCCGUGACCUGUCGACCGAGGCAGAACUGUCGGCUGCUGCUGAGACUGCAGCCGCUACAGCAAGGGACAGCCGGAACCCAGUUAUUACUCCUUGACAAGUGUGUGGUAUCUUUCAACUGUCCGGGAGGCAUUUGCUGGCCUGAGAUCGUCACGGCAACAAUCAGCAGAGCGCCUCACGACGGUCCACCGCGACCGAUCACUGCUGAGCUGCGGGUGAUACUGGAGAACCGGGCAGAUCUGGGGCCGGAGUGGGCCGAGUACCAACCGCCGGUUAUCGCACUUACGCAGGUGACGGUCAGCACUGUUGCCACACGAUGCGGCGGCCGGGUCGGACACUCCUUCUGCGCCUGCGCAGUGACCGUGGACGCCGGCUCGGAGUGGAUAGAGGUGGACGUGUGCCCCGACCCGGUGGACAGGAGAGAGCCCACGCUGCGCCGCUCCGCGCCGGCCGGCCGCGGGCUGCAGCUGCACGUGCUGGAAACGAGGCCCGACUCAGCCUGGCUGAUAACAUCAGGCUCGGGCCUGGUGGUGCGACUCCAUGCCUUCCCCGUGGACCAGGACCGGAGCGAGGACGAGUCCCCAGCCGGUCGGCGCCGGGCACUGUCUGUCACGGUCUCUGUAAGGUCACAUGGUCAGUCAGAGACAGGAUUGUGCCCCGGAGCACCAGCGGAACAUUUCACCGCGGGCCGUCGGGGACGCAGGAGGAACAAACGCAGUCUUCCUGCCCAGGACCAUCUGGAGGAACUGCCCUUCGAGGAGCUCACAGAUCACCUCUUCAGUGGCGCGCUGGAGCCAGAAACGAUAUCUGAAACGCCAGCGGAACCUACUCCAGAUUCGCCGCCGAAAUCUGUGCCAGAAACGGCAGCCGGCGCCCCGGAGCAGACAUCGCAAACGGAGAAACAACACACGACAGACGGAAAAUUAAAAACAAUGGCUGGAUCAGCCGCUGGCUCAACACUCGAAACUCGGCCGGACAUAUAUCCAAUUCCAGGGAUUCUGCCAGAUGACACACCAUACUUCACUCCAGACACACAGACUGGUACACAACUGGAGAGAGCCAAGGCUGAGGUCCAGUCGAGCGGGCUACAAGGCGGGGGUUAUGAAUCUAACGCAGUGUUUGGGGACAAACCCGAGCCGCUUCUUCCGACCGAGAAAAGACGGCAUAACUUUGAGCACUUCAUCGCCAACGCACGACGGCAGUCUGCGUGUGCUGCCCAAAUCGACAAAGCAGUCAUGGUGGCACUUCGAGACGUCUGUCGCUUAGGUGAGGCCAUCAGCUACUGCAGUACACUUAAGGUAAUGAUUGGGUUGAUGGUUGUAGUAGCAACAGUUUGUAAGUACGUGAGGAACUUGGUGGCAUUACUUCAGGUAUUCCUAAACGCCGGCCGUUUUGUCGAGCGGUGGGCCGAGCUGCUGCCGCCGCUUCUGGAGGACCGCUGCCAGGUGGCAGCACUGUCUCAGUCGCCCGCAGAGCAGGGAGGGCUGCAGUGCUUGGAGAGCUGUGCCGGUGGCGACUGUAUUCAGCAGGGUGAAGAGGUCGUCAACGACCACCGCCCGAACGAGUGGGUGCCCCGAGUGACCUCGGUGGGUCAGCAGGGCCUCUGUGACCUGGCCUCGGCAUCCUGUGUCGCCAUCUCCAUCCGAGGCCGCCACCUUUGGCCGUCUGUCGGUCUCCGCUGCCGAGUUAGGCAGGGCGAGCAGGCGUGGAACAUCGCACCUGCUACCUACCGGUCUGCAGAGGAAGUACAGUGUCACCUGCCCGUCGCCAGUGUGAGGAGGCUGCGCCACACGGCAGAUGUAGUACCGUGGACGAUUCAGGUUUCUUACAACGGAGUCAUCUGGAGUGAUGCUGUGGUUCUGAAAACGUACAACAGCGACUGUCAGAUCUGUCGAGAGAGGAACGGUAGCGUCUCCUGUGCUCCCGUCAUCGACUCCUGCAUCAUAAAUGGUCAAUGUUACCGGUCGGGAGACACCAAUCCGAAGAACCCGUGUCGAUACUGCGGCUCUAACCGGCAUCAGUGGGUGACUCGAGUCGAUGACGGUUGCCGCGGGGGCCGACCUGUCACCUGUCAGACCGUCGGGCCGGCCUGUCAGCACGGUCUCUGCGUGGAGGACAGCCGGGGAGCCAUCUGCGUGUGUCAUCCCGGCUACAUCGGCUCACACUGUCAGAUACGAGAAACACCACCGGACUUCAUCACAUUGGCGGAAGAGAUGGGCGACGAGGCGCUCUAUGCCCCGCGAGAAGCGCUGGACUUCCGUUACCGAUGAGAAGCUGUUAUCUCCGCGUACUAUUACCAUAGGCUGACACUCAUGUAUCGUCUUCAAGUCAAUGUAUGUACCUCAGACAUGACGUGCAAUGGGAUUAUUGUACAGUAAUGGAUGCAUGAACAUAUCUUCCAAUAGAGUCUGUCGCCGAAUACCACGACAUUCGAGCUUGAUUCUUGUUUUUGUACAAGUGAAUAGGGUCCUGACAAGGCUCAAGGAUUUGUUUCAUAUCGCGACCCAGUCAGCUAAAUACCGGGAACUAUCAACCAGCGUGUCAUCGGCGUUGCAAAGGCACCUGUGACCCGACAGUGUUUGUCCAGCGACAUGUGGCCGUCCCUUACUGGGAACGCCGUAUUAGUUCUUCCUACCAAUCAGUGUUAAUUGUUGACCAUGCCGUUGUGAAAUAAAGGCAGACGUUCGAUGUUGAAAGGGAAACAAAGAGACGCUAAUUUUUAUGCG